AGGGACACCCACAUCAACUCAUACAUGCCAGAGGCACCAGCAAGCGCUUUAACUCUACACUUCCAAAAGAUUAUGUCUCUGUGUAUGAAAUGGCUGUUAAACUGCAAGAGAUUUUUAAUUUUAUUCAUGACACCCUUGCUGCUGCUGCCACUGCCACUUCUCAUUCAAACAAAGGAAGCCAGCUGUGCCUACGUCAUCAUCCUAAUGGCAGUCUAUUGGUGUACAGAAGUGAUUCCGCUUGCUGUCACUGCACUGCUACCCGUUCUUCUGUUUCCAAUGUUUGGAAUACUGGAAUCCAAAAAGGUAUGCAUGCAGUACCUUAAAGACACCAACAUGCUCUUUGUGGGAGGUCUGAUCGUGGCUGUUGCAGUAGAACAGUGGAACCUACACAAGCGCAUUGCUCUGAAAGUUCUGCUCAUUGUUGGUGUGAGACCUGCUCUACUUAUGUUGGGAUUUAUGGGGGUCACUGCAUUCCUUUCGAUGUGGAUAAGUAACACUGCCACCACAGCCAUGAUGAUUCCUAUUGUUCAGGCUGUUCUGAGUCAGCUCCACACCGCAGAAGAGGAUCCGUCCAUGCUAGAAUCCUUGGAAGGACAGACAAACCCAGCACUUGAGCUGGAGACAAAAAAUGCCAUACCAAUGCAACUUGUUCAGACUGUGAGUAAUGGGCAUGUGCCAGAAGUCCCAGAGGAAGUCCCUGAGAAAGAUGAGAGAAAACAUACCUCGAAGGGAAUGAUGCUUUGUGUUUGUUAUGCUGCAAGUAUUGGAGGAACUGCCACAUUAACAGGGACAGGCCCAAACCUUGUGCUUAAAGGACAAUUUACCCAAAUUUUUCCAAAUAAUGGAGAUAUACUGAACUUUGCAUCGUGGUUCGGGUUUGCAUUUCCCAACAUGGUUAUUAUGUUGUGCUUGAGUUGGUUCUGGCUGCAGUUUUCCUUUAUAGGAUUCAACUUUAAGAAGACAUGGGGAUGUGGAGCUACGGCCUCCGAAAAAGAACGAGCAGCAUAUAGCGUCAUCCGGGAAGAAUACCGCAAACUGGGACCAAUUUCCUAUGCUGAGUCCAGUGUACUGUUUCUCUUCAUUCUACUGGUGUUGCUUUGGUUUACCAGAGACCCUGGCUUUGUCGUCGGUUGGGCUACCAUCCUCUUCAAUAAAGACAACAUAGAGUAUGUUACUGAUGCUACAGUAGCUGUGUUUGUUGCUUUUCUACUUUUUAUACUACCGGCUACCAAACCAAAGUUUGGCUGUUGUAAAGCAAGAAAUAGCUUUGACCUAGAAGAUUUUGAAGAAGAACAGAAAGACACAUUUUUUUCUGCACCACUACUAACAUGGAAGGUGGUCCAAAAGCAGAUGCCCUGGAGCAUUGUGCUUCUCCUGGGAGGAGGAUUUGCUUUGGCAAAAGGGAGUGAUGCUUCUGGUCUGUCUCAUUGGCUGGGACAACAGAUGACUCCUCUGCACAGCAUUCCACCUUGGGCCAUUGCUAUUAUCUUGUCUCUGAUGAUUGCUGUAUUCACAGAAUGUGCCAGCAAUGUUGCAACUGCAACACUUUUUCUACCUAUCCUUGCAUCCAUGUCCAGAUCCAUUGAGGUUAAUCCGCUGUACAUCAUGAUUCCCUGCACACUCAGCACAUCUUUUGCCUUCAUGCUUCCUGUGGCCACCCCCCCAAAUGCCAUUGUCUUCUCUUAUGGGCAUCUCCGUGUGUCAGAUAUGGUAAAAACAGGCAUUGUCAUGAACAUCAUUGGAAUUAUAUGUACAACAAUAUCUAUCAACACCUGGGGACGUCCCAUGUUCAGCCUUGAUACAUUCCCGCAAUGGGCCAACAGCACAGACUAGAAAGAUACUAUUUCUAUAGACCUACGAGCCACACAGAGGCAUUGCCAUAAUUCUAAAGACCAUAUUAUCAGUGCAUCUGCAGAUAGCACAAAGACUCAAAUCUUUAAUCUUCCAAACCAAGGAAUUCUGCAGAAUUUCUGUACCAGUUCAGUUUAAAAGAACAUGAGAACAAAAUAUGACUAAGAUGACUCUGACACCUUAUAAAAAUGGAUUGCUGCAAUCCUGCAACCGGCUGCAGGGGUUCUGUUUUAUAGCCCCUGUGUAUGUGGAAAAACAUCAAGGAUUUCUCUUUAUAAUGAAACUACAGUGAAAUACAUGCCAAAAAAAGAUCAAAGAACCAGUGUUCUGUUCAGUACCAUUGACCUGGAUCAUCAUCUGCAAUCUAUGCAACAGACUGCUUCUUAUGGAACAGCCCCACAAUUAAUAGAAUAAACAAUAGCCAUGCUGAUGUUCUUCUAGGUGGAACAGAGGUGUUCUGGUUUCAGAGAACCUCCGAUUAGUUUGUAAAUGAAACUAUGCAUUGGUAUUGUUAUAUUUGUUUGUCAUGUCUCAUCAAGGAAACAACUAGGUGAAUAUGGAAACCCAACUAGAGAGUGAGAUUCCAACACAUAUAAUGAGAUGGGGUUAAUUACCAUUACAAAAAAAUAAAUAAUGAACAGUGCAAAAGUGCUUAGAAUAGCACCCUCAUUCAUGUUAUAUUCACUUAUCUGUACGGUUUACUUAUCCUUUAAAUCUAUUGACUGCUGUUAAAUCUAAAACUAUUUACAAUGUUUUAAGUUUGAUUAUAUUUUGGUCAUGAAGCCAUAUGGGAGUACCAUUCAGAUUUAUUAUGCUAGACAGAAUAUGCCUGAACUGAUUACCUACCUGGCAGCAUCUCUUGCAUAUCCCAGUCUGCAGCUCUGGUUAAUGGUUAGUCUGAAGUAACUUUUCAGAAGCAUGAGA